UCCUGCCCCAGAGGGUUCAGAGCCUUCAGCGCUUGCAAACAGUCUCCCCGAGCCCGACGGGAUGUGUGUCAGGGCUGCGGGCAAGCAUCGGCACCCACGGCAGCAGCCUAAAACCUUAAAAAAUAGUGUGGGAGGAAACUCUAGUCCUAAAAAUACCAGUCGCUGGUGAGCGCCUGGGAGGGAGCUGUGCCUCCGAGUCACCGGCUGCUUCGCGCUUUGCCUCUCGCUUUUCGGGGGCUUUGCUUCUGCCUGGUGCUGAGCUCUGCCAGCGCACCAGGCUAACAGACUCCUGCGUCUGCACAGGGCUCGCCGGCUGAUCUGCCCCUCUCGGGAAAGAUGGGGAAGGGCUACAAGGUGGUGGUUUGUGGAAUGGCCUCGGUGGGGAAGACUGCGAUUUUGGAGCAGCUUCUGUACGGAAAGCAUACUGUUGGCUUAGAGGAGGGUGCUACAAUGGAAGAUGUGUAUUUGGCGUCGGUGGAGACAGACCGAGGCGUGAAGGAACAGUUGCGGCUUUAUGACACCAGGGGUCUGCAGGAGGGCGUAGAAUUGCCAAAACACUAUUUCUCUGUGGCCGAUGCCUUCGUUCUCGUGUACUCUGUGACCAGCCUUGAAGCUUUCCAAAGAGUUGAACUGCUCAAAAAGGAGAUCGACGUCUUUAGAGACAAAAAGGAGGUAACAGUUAUUGUCUUGGGAAACAAAACCGACCUCCUGGACCAAAGGCAAGUGGAAACAGAAGCAGCACAGCAAUGGGCAAGAGCCGAGAAAGUGAGACUGUGGGAAGUGACUGUGACAGAUCGGAAAACACUGCUUGAGCCCUUCACCUUCUUAGCUAGCAAACUCUCCCAGUCCCAGAACAAAUCAACAUUUCCCUUGCCAGGAAGGAAGAGCAAAGGGAAUAACUGUGAUAACUAAGCUACCUUAGCAUUGUCUGCUGCUGCCAGGUCACAGCCUAGGUCCUUUCUGUGCCAUUUGCUUCUCACAGUUUCACUUAAAGCAAUAAUCUCAUUCAGCAAUAAAAUCAGCAAGCAUAUGGCUAAGAGGUAUCCUUUCUUCUCACAGACUUGGCUUGAAAAAGUCACUGGGGGUAAAAACCUUAAAAAGCACUUCAUAGGAGGAGUUAUCUUGCAAACAAAGGUUACAGAGGAGACAGGGGCAGGUGGACACCUCUAUAGCAGGGGCUUUGACUAUGCCAUGGUGAGGGACAAAACAAGCUUAUCAUUAAGCAGCAAUCCCCCUGCAGAUCUAUAGCCUCCAGUCACAAAUAGUACUAGCUGCAAUAAGCAUUCAGUUUGGAGAGAUGGUAUGUUUGAAAUGGCAACAGUCCUUUUACCUUGACCUUAAACAAAGCCACAGGGCUUUUUGAUGCUGCAGGAGGCUGAGGUCAGCUUGUUGUUGCCAGAGAAGGGUUUGGGGCAAGAGGAAAAACUACCAGCAGAUUUGGCUGCUGAAGUUCUACUGGUGUCUGGAAGAAGGAAAAAAAAAAAAAAAACAAACCAGAAAAAAAGAAAAAGAAACAAAUCUUGUGGGAGAUACUAGAACAGAUCUACCCCGACAUGAAGCUUGUCAGAAAAGUCUGGCAAGCAGUGCUUUCAGCUCAGGAAUUUAUUUGUACAAACCAGAAAAGCUCUCCGAGCACUCAUUAAUUUAACUCCAACCUGAAGGACAACAUAGCUGUUCGUGGUUUUGUUCUAGCAUGUCCAGUACAAAUCAGUCACAUUUACAUAGGUGAUAAUUUUACUGAGAAAUUAUACAGAGCAAUUUUGUAUGCAGGAGGUACUGCCCGGGCUCUGCUUAGUGCAUUGCAUAAUACUCCUACCCAGCCGUUCAGCCAAGCUGCAGUAAUCCACCCUCGGUACGUAGCUACAGGCCAGAUAGCAACUGGCAUAAAGCGCUGCAUUACCUUGUGAGAGGGGGCUAGGGAGUGUAGGAGGCUGCCUUUUGGGAAUAUCCCCAUGGCAAACGCCAAGAAAUACCUGUACAAAUGGCCUCGGUCUUAACACGCUGCACAUGGUCCAGCAGCAGGAGCACAACUGCGUGCGCUCUAUUGACUCUCUGUGCUGCAGGAAUCUGCUGUCCUAGGUCAGCCUGUCAGUAAACUAAACAAAAUUGGAUAGAGAGGGACAGAACGAGCAACUGUUCCCAGAGAUAGUGGCCAGUUUUUGGCCUCUAACCACCUCUCCUGCUACUUGAUACUACUAGCUUUUCUUUGUAUUUGAAGACAAGAGCGGGGAGAGGGAGUGAAGUACCCAGUUCCCUCAUUUUCCACCAAAUUAAUGUUGUUUUGAACCAAUAUUGAGAAUUUCACUGUGAGUCAGCAAGCCCAUGAGCAAUAUUUGCACUGUCAUAUCAUAACUGCUAAACAGUAAGUGUGCUUAAUGAUCACAAUUAAGCCGUGUGCUUAUAGCGUUGCUCUUCCCAAAUACUGACAAAUAAAGUCCGUCAGCAUUACUAAUGUCAGAGCAGCAGUACAAUUCACUAAAAAAUUAAGCAGGUAUUCCUACCUUUAUAAUGAAGGCAGACGAAACUGUUUAUGUGCUUUGCUCAAUAUAGUUUGGAUUGCUGUGGCCAAGGGGUGAGAUAAGAGAGCAAUUAUGAAUGAGCAAGCUCUUGUAAUGCCCUGCUAGAAACAUACAAUUGCUUCCAUUGCAACACCGCAGCUGAGUAAGCGCUAUAGCACGACCUCCCCCAACCUGGCAGGCAAUAGUCACUGUCCCCAGCGAUGCUGCGGAACAACACUCCCUCCUCACUCAUUUCCUACUGAACACAUGUGUGCCCAAGGCUUCUCCCUACGCAGAAGACUCCGCAUCUGCCUGCGUGCUUGGGAAGCGGGGGUGACUUCAGAGCAGCAGCAGGUCACCUCCUUGCUGCAAUCUCUCGCCAAGGAAUUGGUGAUGUUCCUCCUCUUCAGCUCUGCAGAACCCUUCUUCUGGAAGGAGCUCGAUUCAGCUUUGGAUCAAUCAAAGUAACGCAAGACCUCGGCUAAACCGCACGUCUUCACCGAAGCUGACCCAUGAGCCAAGGGAGUGCAGGCUGACAAGUCAGAAUUAACUUAAAAUGCGUGGAGAUGGAAGGAACGGAGAUGACUGGUUCCUCUCCAGUUCUGCACCCUGCAGACUCGGUGCCAAUUCCACUGCCAAGACUGAUGUCACCUGUACGCUGCCAGAGCCAUGUCUUGCGAGAUCAGCCUGCUCACUCCCCUGGACACUCGGCGCUUGACGAUGUUUUAAGACAGACAAGAGAAAAAGGGAUCUACUGAAUGACUAAGGCCAUUUUCCAGAGAGGUUACGUGAGGGCAAACACGGUAUCUUCUAUUUGGUUAAAUUCAUUAGAAAUGAGUUUAGAUCAUUUGGGGCAUUCACAUAAGCAACCACCACCCACUGUUCCUUUCAUAAGCUUAUUCCGAUGCUUUUUAAGCACUCAAAUAAAUUUUUCUUAAUACC